CGAGUCACGUGCGUCCUCCCGGUUCCGGCGCGGUAGAGGCCUGAGGUGGUGAGAGAGUCUCCAGCACCAUGUCUGGUUUGUCUGGCCCACCAGCCCGGCGUGGCCCUUGUCCGCUGGCGUUGCUGCUUUUGUUCCUACUCGGCCCCAGCUUGGUCCUCGCCAUCUCCUUCCAUCUGCCCAUUAACUCUCGCAAGUGCCUCCGUGAGGAGAUCCACAAGGACCUGCUAGUGACGGGCGCGUAUGAGAUCUCCGACCAGUCUGGGGGCGCAGGCGGCCUGCGCAGCCACCUCAAGAUCACAGAUUCUGCUGGCCAUAUUCUCUACUCCAAAGAGGAUGCAACCAAGGGGAAAUUUGCCUUUACCACUGAAGAUUAUGACAUGUUUGAAGUGUGUUUUGAGAGCAAGGGAACAGGGCGGAUACCUGACCAACUCGUGAUCCUAGACAUGAAGCAUGGAGUGGAGGCAAAAAAUUACGAAGAGAUUGCAAAAGUUGAGAAACUCAAACCAUUAGAGGUGGAGCUGCGACGCCUUGAAGACCUUUCAGAAUCUAUUGUUAAUGAUUUUGCCUACAUGAAGAAGAGAGAAGAGGAGAUGCGUGAUACCAAUGAGUCAACAAACACUCGGGUCCUAUACUUCAGCAUCUUUUCAAUGUUCUGCCUCAUUGGACUAGCCACCUGGCAGGUCUUCUACCUGCGACGCUUCUUCAAGGCCAAGAAGUUGAUUGAGUAAUGAAUGACUGGGGCACAUUCUUCUCCCACCUUUUACCUCAGCCAGCAGAACAUCGCUGGAACGUGUCUGGCCUAAGGCAUCCUACCAAUAGCACCAUCAAGGCACGUUGGAGCUUUCUUGCCAGAACUGAUCUCUUUUGGUGUGGGAGGACAUGGGGUACCACCUACACCCAACAAGUCAAUGAGGGACUUCUUUUUAAUUUGGUAGGAUUUGGACUGGUUUUGCCACAAUAGGUCUAUUAUUAGAGUCACCUAUGACAAAAAAAUAGGGGUUACCUAGAUAAUGCCAAAGUCAGCAUUUGUCCUGGGUUCCCUGUGUGAUCUAUUUGAACCAUGUUUUCUUUUCUUCUCCCACUUGCUCAGCAGCUUGGGCUUCCAUUCUACUUCUUUUACCCAGAUUUUGUGUGACCACGUUGACUUCAUUCAGAUUGCCCUCUUUGAGUUUUCUUGUGAAAAAACCCUUAACUUUCCCUUUACCCUUAGCUGAAAUGUUUACUUAGCUUCUGGUGAUAUCUUUUGAUGACUUUAUGUCUCUUAAAAUGGUGAUGGAUGUGACACCUCAUAAAAGUGAGCUUUGAACUGUAGAUAACUCUUAAAGAAAAUGUCAUUUUAGGCAAUUAAAAUAUUUGUGCUCAACUGCUUGAA